AUGGAAAAAUUAAGAUUCAGUCUAUUAAGCAUGAAGAAAUUGCUUCUUAUGCAGUUUUUACUAGCAUUGUCGUUUUGUUUAUCAACUGGGAGUGGCCUGAGAUUUUACAGACAAAAUGGACAAGGGUCUUCUGCUUUGCAUCGAAUUGCGAAUGAUUUUUCAAUGCUAGCACGUCUUGUCAAUGGAAUCGCUCUUCGAGAAAGACUUUCCAAUGGCUUCGCCGAUUCUGAAGAAGUUAUCGCUGAACUUCUGAAUAUUGAAUCAGGUGAAACGGUUCAUAGCCUGUUAGAGACAAAACUGGACGGUGAAUUGUCUAAAAAGUUAGAGGAUACAGUAACUGAUGCAGAAAAAAUAGGUGUCAAUCCAAUAAGAAAUACUUUGGAAGUGAAAGACGGUAUCAUGGCUCUCGAGUCCAUGAAAAGUUAUGUGGAUGACCUUAAUAUUGGUGCCACAACUAAAAAUGCAAAUGAUUUUAUUGAGAAAACCAAGAAGAUCAAAACUGGAACCCAAUACAAAUCCCCUUUGCCUUUUAAAGACAUCCAAGACGUUGCGGAACGAAUGAAGAUUCUGAGAGAUCAUCCGUUGGACGAAGACUUUUAUCUAGCUGUUAGAAUCUCUGAGUUGUUCCAGAUGAUUGUGAAAAAUAGACAUAAUAUACAUUCGGUCAUCAGUUAUUCGGUAAACUACCAAACCCACUAUAAAAGUAUUCUUGAAAUACAAGGAAAGUAUAAAGCCUUGAAUCCUAUCUUCAGCAUUUCUACAGCUGGACAGGCUUACCAAAAAAAGAAGAUGAACGCAUUGAAAACUGAUAUGAAUGUUCUCCUACCGUUGUCGGCAGAUCAUGAAACUCAUUCUGAUACAAGCAAAUCAUUGAAGCAAGUCACUGACUUUGUGAAAUCCAUGUCGACACUGAAAAAGUCUCCGAAGUCUUUGACCGAAGGAUUCUCAAACGGACCUUCAGACCUAAUCCGUAUUAAAGAAGACUUGAACGAAAAGUGGUUGAAAGAGAAAAUUGCAGAAGGAAAAGAUAUGAAUAAGCUUCUUCCAUAUCUAUCAUUCUUGGAUUUUGUCGGUGGGAAUUUAUCGAUCGUGUCAAAAGAAUGGAAAGAUUUCAACAAAGAAAAAGAUAUGGUCGGAAUCACAACUUCCCUGCUUUUGUUGUUUGAAACCUUGGCAGAAGAUGGAAAACAUAUCCGAGGCAUUAAAAAUUUGGAGACAACAUUGAAGACAUUGACAAGUGCCACCAGCAGUCUGAAGCCAAUUAAAGGGUCUCCGAAGUUUUCUCAGUUCGACGCUGUUUACAAUUUUUCCAAGACUCUAGACGGAUAUUCGGAUUCAUUCAAAAAGAAGUUCGAGAACAUUUUCAGAAACGGAGAUGAGGGUGUUUUUGCACCGUUUGAAAGCUUAGUAGUCAUCGCGGAAACGGAAGUUCAACGACCUCGGAUCAAUAAUUCUGAAGCGGAUAACACGGCAAAAAAGUGUAGAGCUAUUCAGGGUUUCUCUCAAUUGGUAGAAGUGGUUGUGGCUUCAAACGAAGAGCUAGCGCCGAUUUUCUCAGGAGAAAUCGAUAAAUUUUUGAAGGGAAAACCAGAUUUUUCCGUAGUGGGGGAAGUCCAAAAAGGGUUGGAUGGAACUGGACUAGAAGAUGCAUUGAACAACCUUAGAGGACAAUCUGUAGAUCUCAAUAGUUUUGAGAAAAUACUGAAUUUUGGAAUGAAAGUUCGUGAUAUAAAAAAACAAACUGUGGAGACAGUAAAGCAUGUUCAUGUUCGGAAUGAUGCCAGAAUUGCAGUAAAUCGAAAAAAAUAUGCCCAAGAAAACAAGGACGGCAAAGACCUCAUUCAAGUUGGGUCAGUCUUCAGCAAGGCAAGUGAGAUCAGAGGGGUACCUAUUGAUACAAAAGUUUUCAAUGCAAAUUUUCUUCGAGAACUCAAAAAAUCUCAUAGCUCGAUACUCCAAAAUGCUGGUCAAACGUUUUCUGAGUUGAGCACUGUGGAACUUGACUACUCUACACACAGGACCAGCAUUAAAGCGGCUUCUCUUUCGCUUGUUCCACUUCCCAAAUACUUUGAUGAAGUCUUUGGAAUCUCCCGAUCAUCAAAUGGAGAGAUAAUAGUGAACAAUGAAGGUCAAAAUGGAAUUAGCCAAGAAACAUUGUUAUACAUAUAUGGAGCAAUCGCUUUCGUGGUACUUGUUGUAGGAGGAGCCCUUUAUUUCUUAUACAAGUGUCGCAGAGAUCACAAGUAUUUCAAGCGUCUUCGAGAUCCAGAAACUUGGGUUCUUCUCGCAUUCACGGAAGAAAACGUUCCAGUUGAAUUUGGUAAUGGAUUUGCUAUCAAAGCAUAUCACUACAUCAUCAAAAACAACUAUGGAGCUUUUCGAAAUAGUUUGAAGAAAGGAGCCUAUGUAGAUGCUAAAGUUCAAAGUCACAAGCAAUCGAACACGAUGCUCCAUGAAGCUGUGAUCCAAGGUCGACCUCGAUUCGUGGAAGCCUUGAUCAAGCAUGGAGCAACUCGAGAGAUUCUAAACCAUGAUUACGAGACACCAUAUCAAUUAGCAGUCAGAUUAAAGAAAAAGAGCUGCAUCAAAGUAUUCAAGAAAUACGAGAAGAAGACGUUCAAGGUUGUACUACCGGAGCCAGUGGCCAAGCAUGAUUAUACGAGAACGGAAGGUAUGAAACGGUCAACGCACUAUGUUGCAAAAACUGACAAGAAAGGAGUGCUCCAUGUGGAAGAACAUCAUCUACCACAUAUCUUCAGUGCUUCAAUGAUAAUGGGUCACCGUUGGCUGAAAGCUUGCUUGGAUAAUUCUUCUAUAAUUGCUCAUAACCAGGAAUACCGUGUUACGAAAAUGAAAUUCAGAGGGAAAGAAUACAAGAAUUUGCUUGAAAUUAAGGACUUUAUCAAUCGAAUGAAUGUACCGUACAUGUUUGGAUCUAUUGAAACUUAUGGAAAAAUGUUCAGGGGGAACGUUGCGUGUGGUGACUGGACAAUUAGGAACUUCUUGAUCUAUCGUAAAAGAGAUCGUACUCAAGUGGAGAUGAAUUUCAAGAGCACGUGGAUUGAACAUCCGGAAUUCUGGUUUGCCAAUACUGACGAGUUCAUAGAGUACCUUCUAAGCUUCAAGAUCAUCUCGAAACAGAUUGAAAAGGUAGAAGCCAAGUAUAAACGCAACAAGACGGAGAAGCCAGGAAACAAGAAAAACAAGAAGUCAAUUGAAGAAAGUCAGUGCUCAAAUAGUGGACCUGAAAACAGUGAUAGUGGAACAUCUACAAUGGGAGGGACUCCGACGUCAAGAGUCCCUUUAUCAAGAACCCCCACUUCAAGGACUCCAGGCUCUCGCACCCCUAGAUCAAGAACUCCAUGA